AUGGAGGGGCUGAAUGGAAUAGGAGAUGACUUCACAUCCGGGGCGGAGGAGGAAUUGACGUCCCCUACGACGUACGUGGAAAGCAGGGUACGACAAAGCAGACGUUUUCUACCAAACAAACAGGGUAACAUUAUCGCAGCUCUCGAAGUGUUGUGGCGAGUUGGGCCAAAGGUAGCCCUGGUUGUGAGGCCAGUUCCGUCAAGCGAAAGAGCACCACUUCGUAAAUCGAAUUACAGGAUCGAAUGCAGAUUGAAAAAUGGAAAGUUGUCGAGGGCCGUUUUAACCGGAAGGAAGGUGGAGCUAAUGAUGAAUAACAUGGUAGAAGUGGAGAUACCACUAACAGCUGUGAAAGAUGAGUCAUACAUGGAUGGUACUGAUCGUCAGAGAAGACAACGGAUUAUAGUGGGUGCCUCGAAGUGUCGACCGAAGAAAUCUGUUGGAGGGAGAAUAGUAAUCUCCUGCAUAUGCAAGAGAAGGGGCAGGGGCACCAGUGGGGGAACAAAGUAA